UGCGGACUACGUAUUCCACGUGCACUACAUUUAUUUUUACACCAGCACAUCGUGCAUCUGAGGCUGAAUCGUUUCGUAUUGUUGGUCAAAAAUGUCUAGCUCUGGUUCUUUAAGUGAUGAAGAUAUUCCUGAUCUAAUCUCUAGGGUCGGCGACAGUAACAUCGCUGACGAAGAUCGGGAUUUCGACGAUGAGGAUCAAUAUGUAGAUUCUCUGCAGCCUGCCUUGGAUUUAUUCUCUAAGAAAACGUUCAAAACUGCAGAGGAGUGUAUAGAGCACUGUAGGGACGUUCAUGGAAUUGACCUGAAUAUUCUGAAGAAAAGACACAGCAUGGAUACUUUCAGUUUUAUUAGGUUCAUCAACUAUCUGAGAACGGAGUUGCCCAGCCCUGGUUUUGUUAUGAGCCUCAGCUCCGACUCCAAGUGGGAGGAUCCCAAGUUUAUGAAACCUGUUAUCGAAGAUGACCCGCUCCUCAUGUACAACCUUGACGAUGAGUGUGAUAUGUUCGACGACGACGAGGAGAACGGAUUCGAGAUUGACAUUAGUCGGGAGUUGAACGAUCAGAUUGAAAAUCCGCAUAGGUCGAAGAGCACUUCGGAGGGGGACAGGACGGUGUUGGAGACGAGGUUGAACGAGCAGAUUGAAGAGUUGAAGAGGGAGCUGGAGGAGAAGCAGGUUGAGCUAGGACAGUGUAGAGAGGAUAUGUUGAAGAUGAGAUCUGCAGCACAGAGUCUUUUCAGUGGUAUGGAAGAGACUGGAGGCAAACCUACUGGAGGUGUAGUAUCAGUGUCAGAGCAUAAAACCGUUGAACAGGAUUCAUCCUACUUUGAGAGUUACGCCCACUACUCCAUCCACUACGACAUGCUUUCGGACCGAGUACGGACCGAGUCCUACCGAGACGCAAUGCUGAAGAACACGGAGAGAUUGACCGGCUCCAAGGUGCUUGAUAUCGGUUGCGGGACCGGGAUCUUGUCUAUGUUCGCCGCGGCGUCUGGAGCGGCGACUGUUGUCGGCGUGGAUUGUAGCGAGAUCAUUUACCAGGCAAUGGACAUCAUCCGCGAGAACAAGUUGACGGAAAAGGUUACUCUGGUUAAGGGUCGACUAGAGGAGACUCCGUUACCAGAGGAGAAAUUUGAUUUUAUAAUCUCAGAGUGGAUGGGAUACUUCCUGUUGUUCGAAGGGAUGCUUGACUCCGUGAUCUCAGCUCGGGAUAAAUAUUUAGCUCCGGGUGGGAUGGUCUUACCCAACAGAUGCACAAUCAGUCUUCUUGCCAUAUCCGAUACUCAACGAUACAACAGUCUUGUUGGUUUCUGGGAGAAUGUUUAUGGUUACAAGAUGUCUUGUAUGCGGAACCCCAUACUUGAAGAGGCUAGUGUCGAGGUUGUACCUUCCUCCUCAACAGCCUCCGACCCUGCCACCGUCCUCAGCCUCGACCUGAACACCUGCUCCGUCGAGGACACCCAGUUCACCUCUCCCUUCAGUCUCCAGAUCUCCAGGGACUGUGAUAUGACUGGUAUUCUCGGAUACUUUGACACCUUCUUCGAUCUACCGACCCCGGUCAUGUUUAGCACUGGACCACACACCGUCCCUACACACUGGAAACAAACAGUUUUCUACCUACCUAAUCCAAUACCAGUGAAAAAAGGUCAAAUCUUGGAUUGCAAGAUUGUCUGUAUGCGCAUGGAAACUGAUGCCCGUGCGCUUAAGGUUGCCUUGACAGUUGAUAAAGCGGUUUACAAGUACACAGUGGACUAAUAGUGUUUUCCACAAAUUUGCACUUUUUGUUACAACUUCAUGGUUUAACUUGGACAAGUUGGUGUCAAAUUGUUAUUUUGUUUUGACUAAACGUGUUAAUAAUGAAAUGAUAUUGAUCUGUUAUCUAUAUUUCAGA